AUGCAGUUGGCCAAGUUCCAGGAUUGCUGGAACGACGUACACAGUGUCUUGAUGGUGGAGGAUCGCAAGGCGCACAUGCACGUUGAGCAGACUGAUAUUCCUGAACGACUUCAGCAAAUGACCGAUAUGCUCGUGGAUGAAGAAGCACGGCAAGAUGACGAUGCGACAGGAGCAUGUAUGGAAUAUGGUGACUGCAUGGAAUACUUGCUCAAGAAUCAGCUGUUACGGCGACUUGUCAAUGUGGCGGAGAAGUCUGAUCAUCCUGUGGGGAUACGUGGAGAAUUGAUACGAACGAUAGCCAACAUGGUUGAUUUAUUGGGAUACUGGUUCUUGGAGCAUAAAGAAGUACAUGGUCCGACCAUCAAGUUGCUACGAUUCUGUGUGAUUGAUCAACGUCAAAGUGAUAUAUACCACGAGGAUUUGGUGGAUUUGAUGUAUACAAUCUGUUCAAAAAUACAUGGUCGUCCAGUGUUACUCAACAUUUUCUUCCACGACAAACGUUGGCUCACUACACCGCAAAAAACAAAGCAACCGCCCGAGAAUCCUAUUCGUACACCUGAAUCUGGCAAGGAACCUGAAUAUGAAUUCUUGUUAUUCAGUUAUUUGUUACGUUUCGUUCAUCGAGAGGGUCGUACUGGUGAUUAUGCGAGGACUGGAUUACUGUUUAUCAUGGAAAUGGCCACGCAGCAACUAGGCGACUUCAUUCUUGAGUCCGAUUUUGCAUUGACGAUGGGUGCUGGUCUAUGUGCAUUAUAUUCUCAGUUGCCACGCAAGCUGGUUAUCAAAAAUGAUGCUGAGAUCAAUUCGGAUUUCGCUGCCUAUCUGCUUGGUCACGAAGUAUCACCCGGCAAGAUACCAUUGGAACUUGGGGUCGAGUUAUCAAGUUCUCCCAAUUUUCGCUAUCAGCUGGACUCGUUCUUAAAGCUCUUUGAAUUUUGUCAAGAUGUACUUAUUCGUUGUCCCAACACUGAAAUUUGCGCCCGUCUACUACAAAGUAUCCGUGCACCUUUUCUGGAGAAGAUUUUGUAUCCAACGAUUGAAGAAUGCUCAGAUAGAGAUGGGUCAUCGGUUGCAGUUAUCAGCUAUCUUGAUCUCAUAUUACAAAUUUUGCACCAUGAUGAACUCUCCAGCUUGGUGGUCGGCUUUUUAAUGGAUGAUGAUGGCGAUGAUGUCGGUCGUUUUACUCUCAAAGAUUUGAUCAUGUAUCGUCUCAAAUACUCAAAGUCGCAGCCAACAGUCAUUGCAACUCUGAAAUUACUCAAAACUCUCAUUACACGCCAUUGUCGAUAUUCCCUGCGCUUACUUUCUUAUCAAGCAGAUGAUGUGAACAGCAACAAUGAUAAGCCAUCAACAACAAUCUCACAUCAUUUGCGGGAAAUUGAAUUAUAUUUUUCACUCAUUUCUCGCGUACGCAACCAACAUCAACAUGAUAAUAAUGGAUAUGAAGACUAUUUACAAGAUAUGGAAGCGUGCAUGGAGUGUGAUGUAUGUUAUCAAACCAUGACUGGUAUGCAUGGAGUUCCUGAACACUCUGGCGGUCCUCCAACACCUAAAAGCGAGCGCAGACGAAGUUUCAAGUACGGGCAACGAUUUGAUGACAGCAAAGAUAUUGCAAUCCAAGCAAGCUCUUGUUACAAACCACCCAGUAACUUGUUCAAGUAUCAUAUCAGACGUAACGAUCCUCUGAUGCAAAUCCUUCUUGACCUUUUGAACCCAUUCUUUGCGCAAUCUCCUGAAUUGAAUUUAAUGCUCGUUGGAGUUAUAUCUGCACUCGCGAUUUGUCCUUAUCGAAGUUUGCAAGGUUGGGUCACUUUCCGCGAAUCUGAUCGAUCGAAUCCCGAAGACAUACUUGUUCUAAAUCAUUCAGAACAACUUCCUCAUCGCAACAAUACUGAUGGCAUUGGCGCAAACGACAUUUACGCAUCGCAUUCUAAUACAGCUACUAACACCACUACCAUCGAUCCUAUCCAUGAUGAAGAGAAUGACCUUGAUGAGAAUGAUGAUCGAUCCGUUGAUUUUGGCGCAGAAUUAAAUUCGGCUCGCAUGACAGCACGUACGCAAUUCAAAUCCUAUCCCCCCUUUUUCACUUUAUUCCAAGUCCUCACACAACAAAUUGACUGCUAUCGUUCUGAAGUCGAUGACUUUGAUCAAUUACUUGAAGAACGAAGGAAUUGUUUAAUGAUGGGAGAUAACGAUUUCAGUCACGAUAAUGCGGCAACUCCUGUCAUGAUAUCUUCCUCCUCCACCACAACAACUGCCACUACAACAACCACUUCUGCUACUACAAAUACAGGACGCAGAGCAUCGCUCUUUCCAGAUAGCAAGACUUUUGGUCUCCCUAGUCCGCCCACUGGAAGCAAUCGAAGAGCAUCAGUGAUUAUGCGCCCAUCUACAUCAACGUCGGUUACUGGUACAGCAACAGCGACAGUAGCGGCCCCUGGGAAAUCUAUCUAUUCAUUGCUUACACCAUCCGCAUCCAAUACCCCCAAUCCCAUUAUUGCCAAUCCACUUUCUCCUCCUGCUAUUCAUGCCCGGAAGACUCGAAAUAUACGGCUUCAACCACAAUUUAGUGCCCGUUUCGUAUCCGAUUAUGAGGAACCUAUCUUUAGCCUUGACCCUGAAGAUGAAGACACAUUUGCUCCAAAGGCUGUCAAUCCUUCUCAGGCACGGAGGAUGGAUAAAUCCACUGAGAUUUCAUUGUCCAUGUUAUUGAACAACGUGAUUAUUUUGGAGGAAUCCAUCAAGGAACUGAUCGCGAUCAUGCAAGUGCGACGCAGCUUGGGUAUAGAUGAAAUACGUUACGUUUAA